GUGGACCGUAGGGACGCAGGCGCGAAAAGGCCGGCCUUGUCCUGCAGCCACAGGAACUCGCGGUCGGCGAGCCAGACAACGCACCGCCGAUCCGACACCCGGCCGCGCCGGCGCCCGCCUGCUGUUUGCUGGCCGCCAGUCUCCCACGCCACGGAGCCACGCAACCGCACUGCUGCAUAUACCACCGCACAGCAGCAGCAGCAGCAUCGUCCUCCACCCCCAUUUGGGAUAGCCGGACGUGUCCCUCGUCCUCCUCCUCUGCCGCUGCCCCGCGCCUUUCCGGAUUAAUUGCCGCCCGCAACGCCCAGCGCAUGCACACGCACGCACUCGGCAUAGUUUAGUGUAGGGUCGCCGUGCUCGCCCAAGCAAGCAAGGCCGCUACUAGUAGCGCCUCCCGCCUCCGCGGCCAUGGCUGCACCCGCGCUGGCCAAGCGCCCCUGCAGCAGCCCCUCCGCCUCCGCUUCUUGUCGCGAGGCCAAGCGGCUCCGCCCGGCGCCGGCGCCGGCGCCCAUGGAGAGGCACGACGCCGCUGCUGCCGCUGCUGAGGUGUCGACGACGACGUCGCAGCAGCAGUCGCAGCCGCUGCUCCCGGGCCUGCCGGACCACCUCGCGCAGCUCUGCCUCUCGACGCUGCCGCCGCGCCUCAUGCACGCCGUCUGCCGCCCGUGGCGCCGGCUGCUGUACGCGCCGUCGUUCCCGCCGUUCUUGUCCCUCUACGCGCUUCUUGAGGACGCCGGCGACGGCGGGGCCUCCUUCGCGGCCUACGACCCGAUCGCCGCGCGCUGGGACGGGCUGCCGGCGCCGCCGAUGCCAUCGCCGCCCCCGACGCUCUGCCACCCGUCGUUCCUCUCCCGCCGGCUGCCGCUCCAGUCGGUGGCCGCCGCGGGGAAGCUCGUCCUCGUCGCGGGGUCCACGCAGUCGCUCCACCCGGCGCUGUGCCGGCCGCUGGUGUUCGACCCGGCCGCCGCGCUGGCCCCGCGGUGGCAGGUCGGCCCGAAAGUCCCGCUCGCCCCGCGCAGGUGGUGCGCGGCGGGCGCGGCGCGGGGGCGCGUGUUCGUCGCGGGCGGCGUGGGCGCCGGCUACGACCUCGCCGUCGCGCGCUCCGGGGCGACGUGGGACCCCGCCACGCCGUCCGCGCCGUGGGAGCCGCUGCCGCCGCUGCGGGACGGGCGGUUCAGCCGUGACGCGGCGGAGGCCGUGUGCUCGGGCGGGAAGGUCUGCAUGGUCAAUCUCCGCGGCAGCGGCGCCAAGGAGGGGGCCGUGUUCGACCUGGUGGCCGGGCGGUGGGAGGACAUGCCGCCCGGCAUGCUGGCCGGGUGGAAGGGCCCCGCCGCGGCGUCCCCGGACAGCGGCGACAUGAUCUUCGUCGUGGACGAGGAGCGCGGCGCGCUCAACGCCUACGACUGGGGGUCCGACCGGUGGACGACGGUCGCGGAGGCGGGGCGGCUCAAGGGCGCGGCCGAGAUGGCCGCGGGCGGCGGCAGGGUGUGCGUCGUGUCCCACGGCGGCGCGAAGGUGGUGGUCGUGGACGUGACGCCCAAGGCGGGGAGGAGCAGGGGCUCCACGACGCCGGCGCCGCCGCGCAUGUGGGAGGUGGAGGCGCCGGCCGGGCGGCGGGUGGUGUCGCUGCACGUGCUGCCCAGGAUGACGCGCCCCGAGUAGGCCUCCUCCCACCCUCCCUUCCCGCCACUGUACAAAGUACAAACAAACUACAAAAACAAAAGGCUCUCCCUUUGGCUCGCCUUCUCUUCUUCCUGCGGCGACUCCGCAUCGGCACGGUACUCCUAUGUCGUAGUAGUAGUACAUGUUCAUUUUAGGAGCGCCUGCGAGAAUCGAUUUUGGUUCAUGUGUUCUUCUGCCCAACGGCUACCAGCUGGAUUUCGAGAUUUUGAUUUUCGAGGGGUAGACGCUAGAUUUCCAGUUUUUGAUUCCUGAUUUCUUCUGUGCUGCUCCUCUGAUCCUCUCUGUCCAGAUUGCAAGGGAAAGCAGGAUUCGAGAUAUUUUUUGGUUCCUUUU